CAGAAAUUAAACAUGCGGUGGCGGGAAUUUAGACAUCCCCUUCUUUUCCUCAUGCUCGUCAGCUCGCUUUCGGGCCAGCUCCGAGCGGCAACCUCAUCCGCGGGUGGUGGUGGCUCCAAGAGCCCCAGCAGCUCCUCCGAUUCCGGAGACGGCCUGACCAGUCUGUUUAUCGGGAGCACCAUGUCCAUGACUGGGGGGACGUGGGACGGCGGGCAAGCCGGUCUGCCCGCGGCUCUGAUGGCCCUGGAGGAUGUCAACAACCGAUCGGACAUCCUACCAGGGUAUCAGCUGGAACUUACCUGGGAAAAUAGUGAGUGUAACCCCGGUCUGGGUACCAACAUCUUCUACAACCUUCUCUACCAUGAGCCCAUCAAGAUCAUCAUGCUGACUGCCUGCAGUAUCGUAUCGUCAGCCGUGGCCGAGGCAGCCAAGAUGUGGAAUCUCAUGGUGAUUGCCUUCGGUUCAAGCUCUCCAGCCCUCUCCAAUCGGGACCGGUUUCCCACCUUCUUCCGAACCCACCCGUCCGCGACGGUCCACAACCCCACCCGGGUCAAGCUCUGCCAGAAAUGGAACUGGAAACAGAUCUCCUUCUUGCAGGAGACUCACGAAGUCUUCACCUCAACUAUCGAAGACCUGGAGAAGCGGGUCAAGGAUGCGGGCAUGGAGAUCUCCAGCCGGCAGAGCUUCCUAACUGAGCCGGACAACGCCAUCCAGAACCUGAAACGAGAGGAUGCCCGCAUCAUCAUUGGCGUCUUCUAUGAGGAUAUGGCACGCAGGGUCUUCUGUGAGGUGUACAAGCAAAAGCUGUACGGACCCAAGAAUGUCUGGAUGAUCCUAGGCUGGUACCCGGACGAAUGGUACAAGACUUCAGACCCGAAGGUCAAUUGCACGGCUGAUCAGCUUAUGGAAGCCCUUCAGUACCACAUCACCACUGAGGCGCUCAUCCUCAAGCCCGACGACACGCCGUCCAUCUCUGGCAUGACAUCUGAUGAGUACGAAGCUCGCAUCAGCAAAGCCCUGAACGUGUCCAAUCCCACCCAAGUCUCAGGCUACCCAGAGGCACCGCUCGCCUAUGAUGCAAUAUGGUCAAUAGCGCUGGCCCUUAACCAAACUGCCAAUAGGCUCGCUGACCGUGGCUUGAAGCUGGAGAACUACACCUACGGUAACUUGGAGAUAGCAGAGGAGAUCUUCAAUGCGCUCAACACCACUAACUUUCCUGGACUCUCUGGUCAGGUCGCAUUCACAGCAACAGGAGACCGUGUAACAAGGACACAGAUUGAACAAAUGAUUGAUGGAAAAUAUCGGAAGAUUGCUUACUACGACUCCGUCAUGGACAACUUGACAUGGCUAGUUCCAGUAGAAUGGCCAGGAGGAGACGGGCCGCCCAAGGACGGCGUGGACACCAGGCCCCAGCUGAGGGUCAUCUCCAAGGACCUCUUCAUCCCCGUCUGCGUGCUGGCCGGCCUGGCCAUCAUCUUUGCCUGCGUCUGCAUCACCUUCAACAUGUGCUUCCAACACACAGGGUACAUCAGCUGCUCCCAGCCCCACAUCAACAACCUGACGGCUAUCGGCUGCAUCAUCGGUCUGAUGAGUGUCUUCCUGAUGGGUCUGGAUGGACAAUAUGUCAGCGAAGACCAGUUUCCCAUGGUCUGCAGUUCGGUUGCAUGGCUUUUAGCUGUAGCAUUUUCCCUGGGCUACGGAGCCAUGUUCAGCAAAAUCUGGAUGAUGCACAGUCUGGUGACACAGGAGAAAUCGGAAAGCGAGGAUGGACGACGGAGGCGGCGGAAAAUCAGCCUUCAGAAAGUAGAAGUCUGGAAGAUGUACCUGAUGAUUGGCAUCCUGCUGGUGGUGGACCUGGUCCUACUGACCAUCUGGCAGGUCAUCGACCCGCUUUACCGUCAGGUGGAGGACUUCGACAAGGAGGAGCACUAUGAGGACGACCUGGAGAUCCAGCCACAGCUGGAGCACUGUGAGGCCGAGCAUCUCUCCAUUUGGCUUGGUAUUUUGUACGCCAUCAAUGGUCUGCUACUUAUAUUUGGGUUGUUCUUAGCGUACGAGACGAGAAACAUGACUGUCAGAGAUCUGAAUGAUUCGAGAUACGUUGGCAUGUCUGUUUACAAUGUAUCGGUCUUGUGUAUUAUUACAGCUCCCGUCACAAUUAUUAUUCGCAGUCAGCAGGAUGCAGUGUUUGGGUUUGCUGCCCUCACGGUUGUCUUCUGCUCAACAAUUACGCUGAUUUUAAUAUUUGUUCCGAAGAUGCUCUUCAUUCGUAAGAACCCGGAUGGAACGUACACAAAAAAUAUGCCGGGUAUCACUGCCCCCAGCAGGGAGGACGAAGAGAAACAUCAACGGUUGUCAGCCGACAACAUAGAGAUUAAAAGACAAAUAGCAGAGAGAGAAAGGAGGAUACGACAUUUAACAGAGCUCAUUGCGCAGCGCACUAAGACUGCCCCCUCAGAGGCAUCCAUGCCGAGCAAGAUCCAGGAGCGUAACAGCGGCAGUCCCGUGACAACAACGCGGCGCUCGCGAUCCUCCUUCGGCCCCGACAAGCUGACUCCACCCACAAUAUCCUGCGAGGACAGCGCCUUUGUCUCGGUGGGGGCAGGCAGCUCUGCCCUCUCGGCCUCCCUGCCCCGGGGCCAGCGGAACUCGGCCGCCUCGGAAGAGGAGUUCUCCGAGACGUAUAUUUGACGCCAGGAGAACCAGACGCCACAAUGGAUUCCCCUCCAGACCGUUGUGGCCGAGGAAGAUGAAGACUUUGACAAGACGGCAUGACAAGGGUCCAGAUGAGGGACCCGACUACAAAAACUUUUUUGUAUGCAUAACUGAAGAGAUAUAUUGCCACUCCUCCUUUGACACUCUGAAGUGCUUUCCAUAUUUUUUUGGGGGGGGAGGCAUGUUUCCGUGUACCCCUCACCACCAACCUUUAUUCUACAUGCUGGAAGAAAAGGAAAGGUGAAUGGUAUAUGUAGUGCUGGUACUCACCAAGAUGGACAUAGAGUGCAUGGCUAGUGAAAGGGCAGGAAAUAUAACUUGUUGAGUGGACUCCCCGGGAAAAACAAGAGCUGUAAUUUGUACAGGACGACAAUGACUGGAUGCUGUUUGGCAGGCAAGCUGUUCAUUUGCCAGUGGGACCAAUCAAGAGAGAGCCUUAGUAAAAACCACUUUCUGACAGAAGGAUAAAAAAGUUGACGUCAUUAGGUAUACAAUAGCAUUAGCAAUAUGCAGAUCACGAUAGGGAAAAAAAUUGUCCAGGAUGAGGAAACCACAGUGGUGCUUGUUCGCAAUCUGAGAAGUCCCAUUUUCUCCAAGGGUGCCAAUGGAUAAUAAUGUUUUACCUCCUAGUGAAAUCACUUGAUUCUAAGAUAGCCACCCAAAUGAGCCCCUUCCAUGAUUGGAGUGAUAUUGAGGCUGGAUUAGCACACUUGACUGCCGGUUAUGCCCAGCAUGUCAACAAAUACAAAGGAGUCUUUGUUCCACAACUAGAGCCUCACUUAUGUGCCGAUUCCUUGCAACAGGCUAAAGUUUUUUUGACAGUGCAAGCAGCAUUCAAAGGAAAUCAGAGUCCUGCCUGCAGCUUGGUCUGCCCAGGGUUAAACCACAGGCAGGUUGAUGCGGAGGUGUGACGGUGGA